ACGAGGCCGGGGCCGGGCGGGUUCCGCCGCGCGCAGCCGCCGCUCCCGCAGCACCGGGCCGAGCCGAACCGAACCGAGCCCCCAUGCGCGGCCGGCCGCAGCGCCCACCCCCGGCGCGGCCCCCCCGGGCGGCCGCCCCCGCCCGGGAAGCUGGCUCAGAGGGGGGCUAUGAAGUGCCCGGGACCUUCGCAGAGCCUGAGACUCGCCCUCUUCCUGGAAAACGCCUUGGCCAGCGAGGCUAGGAUUUGGAAAGUGCCAGUUUUCCAGGAUCUCAUCCUGAAGGGUACAGAUAUCUCUCUGCUGUGUUACGAGAAAGUGGUUCUCUGGAUUGCAGAAAUAAACUCGCAGUUCCAAUUUUACCCUGAAACAUUUGCCUUAGCUAUCAGCAUCCUUAACCGGGUACUGGCAUCAGUAAAGGCCCAAUUAAAGUAUCUUGAGUGCAUAGCAAUUUCCUGCCUCGUCCUUGCAGCAAAAACCAAUGAAGAAGAUGAGGUCUCUAGAAAGGAGAAGUCUAGUCAAUGA